AUGACAAAUUUCUCACAAAUUAGCAGUGUACAGGUUAAAAGCAUUUCUGGUCCAGCUUACAUAAAACCUGAGCUUGCUAAGCAUAUUUCUCAAUCAAACUGGAAACAUGAGGAUUCUGUAAAACUAGAGCUAAACUCUCAAGAUACUAUUUAUUGUAUUAAAACUGAGCAAGUUCCUGGUGAAGAACUUCAUCGCAUAAAACCUGAGUAUGCUGCACACAUUGAGCAGUCAGAUUCUAGUCAUGAGAGUGCUGUGAAAGUGGAGUACCUCUGUCAAGAUGUAACCUGUUUAAUUAAGACUGAGCAGGAUCCUGUGCAAUAUGCAAAGACAGAAGAGCAGGUUGUAUUUAAGAAAGAAGAACAAGAUCAUAGUCACAUAGUGAAGACUGAGACAGGAUGGCCUGGUCAGCAUGCAGUGUGGCAGCAUGACAAUGAUGAGAAUUUUCAAGAAAUGAAUGCUGGUAGGCUUGUAAUUCCUGAGGUGACAGAUAUUAUAAAAGAAAAUCACCAAGAUCAGAGACAAAAAACUGUUACUGAAGUCACCAUUGAUUCUGCAUCAGGAAGUAGAAGUGAUGCCAAACCUUAUCAGUGCCAAGUGUGUUUAUGUUCUUUCAGUUUUUCAACCCUACUCAAGAAACACAUGAUUAUCCACUCUAAUUUUAAAGCUUACAAUUGUACUCCAUGUAGUGUUGUGUUAGAAAGAGUAGAUACAUUAAAACAGCACAAGGAAACUAACAGUAAUAAGAGAUCUCACCACAAUGAUGAGAGACCUCACCAGUGUAAUGUAUGUCAUGUAGCUUUCAAAAGAUCAGAAAAUCUAAAAAGGCAUAUGGAGACUCACAAUGAUGCAAAGAAUCACCCUUGUACUGUAUGUCCUUUAGCUUUCAAAAGAUUAGAACACCUUAAACAGCAUUUGGUUAUUCACAGUGACUUGAAACCUUACCAGUGUUCUGUUUGUCCUUUAGCUUUCAAAAGAUCAUAUGUCCUAGAAAAGCACAUGGUGACUCACAGUGAUGUAAGACCUUACCAAUGCAGUUUGUGUAAACACAUGGUGACUCACAGUGAUGUAAAACCUUACCGAUGCAGUUUGUGUAAAGCUUCAUUUAAGGUCUCAACUUGUUUAAAAAAGCACAUGGUGACUCACAGUGAUGAGAAACCUUACCAAUGCAGUUUGUGUAAAGCUUCAUUUAAGUUGUCAAAUCAUUUAAAACGGCACAUGGUGACUCACAGUGAUGUAAGACCUUACCAAUGCAGUUUGUGUAAAGCUUCAUUUAAGGCCUCAACUUGUUUAAAAAAGCACAUGGUGACUCACAGUGAUGAGAAACCUUACCAAUGCAGU